AUGAAAGCUCCUUCAUUCAAGCCAAUAUAUGAAGUUAUUAGAAUUAAGAAAAAAGAUAAUGUAGAUAUAAAUACAGAUUUAUAUAAAGAAUUUCUAAAUGUAAGAAAAAUAGAUAACAUAAAUUUAAAAAAUAAAGAUGUUAAAAUAAUUAUUUAUGAGCAUACAGAAUAUGAUGAAAAAGAAAAAAUAAGUGAUGAAGAUAGUAAUGAGAAUAGUUAUUCAAGUGAUUACGAAAAAAAACAAAAACUUUUUGAUUUAGAAGAAAAAAAGAAAGUUGAUAAAAAAGUGAUAAAGAGUAAUGAAAAUACAAGAAAGAAAAAAGGGAAAGAUAAAGACAUAUGUAUAUCAAAAAAUGAGCUAUCAAACAAUACAAUAUUAAGUGAUAAUAAAAAAGAUGAUAAUAGUAAAAAUAAAAUGCAAGAAAGCAAACAAAUUAAUAAUAAAUUAGAAAACAUUGAAAAUAAUAAUGAAAAUUUAAAAAAAACAAAAAAUAAAUAUAAUGACGUUGUAAAAGAAAAAAAGAAAAUAAAUAAAUUAGGUACAGUUAAGAUAUUAUACAAUUUUUAUGUUAAUUUAUUUGAUAAAUUAAAAGAAGAUGUAGAAAAUAUAAAAAACAAUACGUUUAAUAAUAAUAUUGAUUUAUUUAAAGAUAUGAAUUUAUAUACAAAUUACAUAUCUCUAUUUGAUAUUAUAAAUUUAUGUGAAGACUUAAAAAUUAUAAAAAAUUUUCUUAAUUCUAAAAAAGAAUGUGAGUUAAUCUGGAUUCUAACAGUUAAUUAUUUUGAUAAAGUUAAAGAAAAUAUUUUUGAAAAAUAUAAAUAUAAAAUUGAUGUAUGUUAUAAAAAGGAUAACUUAGUACUAGUAAGAGAUGCUGAAUCAAACACAAAUACUUUUGUUAAAACAGUAGAAAAAGAUGAUAUAAAGAAAGAUAUUGAAGAUGAAAAUUUGAAAAUGAAGGAUGAAGAAAAAAAAAACAAGAGAACAAAAGGAGAAAAUAUAGAAAGAAAUAAAAAUAUAAAAAUAAAACAUAAUAAAGAAAUAUGUAAGGAGAAUGAAGAAUAUAAAGAUUAUAAAAGUAUAAAACGUUAUGAAGAUGAUGAAAAUACAAAAGAGAAUGAAUCUGAUAAAAAGAGAGAAGAAAAAGAAGAAGAAAAUAAUAAUAAUAAAAUUGAUAAUAAUAAUAAUAAAAUUGAUAAUAAUUAUGAUAUUAAUAAAUUCACAAAAGAUAAAAAGAAAGAAAAGGUAAAUUAUAAUAGUAACAUAGAAGAAAAUAAUAACAUAAAAGAUUAUAUUUAUGAAAAAUGUUCUCAGAGAGAAAAUGAUAUUAUGUUUAGGAAGGUUAAUUUUUUUACUUUUGUGUAUAUAAUAAUAUAUAUUAUAAAAGUAAGUACAAGAAAAAUAAAAUCAAUAAAUGAUGACAUAAAAAAAGUGAGAAGUUUUUUUUUUUUUUUAAAUCUAUAUGAAAAAAAAAAAACUAUUGAAACAUUAACAAAUAUAUAUAAAGAUAAGUAUUUGAAUUAUUAUCAAAAUUUUAAUGGAAUAAAAGAAAUAGAAGAACAUAGAAAAAGGAAAAUAUUUUGCCAUAAAUUUUCUUUUUAUAAUAUCAAUAAAAUUCUAAAUAAAAGAGAAGAUUUAAUACUUCUUAAAAAUAAAUUCAAUCAAAAUGAUAACUCUUAUAUUUCAAUAAAAGAUGAAAGUAAAAAUGUUAAUGAAAAUGAUACAUUAAAUCUUGAUAAUACUUUGAAUGAAAAAACUAAUAAAUUUGAAAAUAGUGAAGAGAAUAAAAAAGAAGAUUUAUGCAACUAUGAAUUGACUAAUUACAUGGAAACAUCUGAAUUGAAAACUGAUUCUAAUUUAACAAAUAAGACAGAUGAUCAAGAUAAAAAAGAAAAUAUUCUUUUAAAUCAACAUAUAUUUGAUUAUAUUUUUAAAAAUUAUUGUUAUAAAAAAAACUAUUGGAAGUUAAAAGAGGGUAAUUAUAUUGAUUUUGGUCAGAUAAAAGACAAAAAUAAAAAAUUUAAAAUAGAUAUUUAUAAUUAUAGUAAAUAUAACCUAAAUGUUGAUAUUGAAAUUGAAAAUGAAUUACCAUUAUUAGCUAUUUUUAAGGAUAAACUAUUUUGUGUAAAUUCAAAAUACACUAUAUAUUUACAUAUAGAUAAAACUCAAGUUGGAGAAAAGUUAGGUUUUAUUAAUGUUAAGUUUAAAUAUAAAAAUAUAAAUAAAGAAGAAACUAUUAUAAAAAUUCCAGUUUAUAUUUACAUAGAGAAAUAA